CAUAAAACUAAGCAAUUACCAAAACCCAAUUUAAGCUUGCUGAUGGAGUUUCCUGGCAAAGGGAAGGAAAAAGAGAACGAAGAUGAGACGAUUUGAUGUCCACCGUCCAAUCACCGGACCAAUCAGUGAGAUCAAUUUUGGCAACCUUGAACUCUUUAGUGCUAAAAGAGUUUGGGAUAGCAUGGGGUUUGAAAACAGAGCUAGAAAACUUAGAGAGCACACUAAGUACCAUUCAAGCAGUCCUUCAAGAUGCAGAGACCAAGCGAGGGAAGACCGAGGCUCUGAAGAAUUGGCUGAGAAAGCUUAAUGAUGCAGCUUAUGAUGCAGACAAUCUGGUGGAUGAGUUCAUGACUGAAGCUAUGAGAAGAAGGAUGGAUUCUGAGAGAGGCAUAAAACCCCAAGUAAGUGCCUUUUUCUCUCUUCGAAAUCGGCUUAUAUUUCGAUUGAAAAUGGGGCAUAAGAUCAAGGAUAUGAGGGAUAGGUUAGAUGCCAUUGCUGGGGAGAAAAAUCAGUUUCACUUGAGGGAAGGUGUGGUGGAAACCGAUGAAGUUUGUGUGAUGGAGACAGGACAAACUAGUUCAUUGGUGAAUGAAUUGGAAAUUUAUGGGAGAACUGAUGAGAAAGAAAUGACAAUUGAAAUGUUGCUCAACAAUUCAAGUGAUCGUGAUGAUGAUGUUUCGGUCUAUGCUAUGUGUGGUAUGGGGGGACUUGGAAAAACCACACUUGCUCAAUUGGUCUACAAUGAUGGAAGGGUGGAGAGCUACUUUGAGCUGAGAAUUUGGGUGUGUGUCUCUGUUGAUUUCGAUGUAGAGAGACUAACCAGAGCAAUCCUUGAGUCCAUAGAAGGUGGUGGGUGUAGUAUCUCAAACUUGGAUCCACUUCUACGUCUCCUCCAAGAAAAACUGUUUGGGAAGAGAUUUUUACUUGUCUUGGACGAUGUAUGGAAUGAGUACCAUGAGAAGUGGGAUAGGCUAAAAAAUGCACUAAAGUGUGGAGCUAAAGGCUGUACCAUUAUAGUAACAACAAGGAUUCAGAAAGUUGCUCUUAUCAUGGCUACACUUCCUAUACACCACAUGGCUGGUCUGUCAGAGGAUGAUUCUUGGUCCUUGUUUAAACGACGUGCAUUUGGCAACGAAAGAAGAGAGGAAAACCUUCAAUUGGAUCUCAUUGGGAAGGAAAUAGUGAAAAAAUGCAAAGGGUUACCCUUAGCAAUAAAGGCUUUGGGAAGCCUCAUGCAAUUUAAAAGAAGUGAAAGUGAAUGGCUAUCUGUGAAGGAGAGUGAGAUUUGGGAUUUGCCAGAUGAUGGAAGUGGUAUUUUACCUUCAUUGAGGUUGAGCUAUGAAGCCUUACCUCCACAUUUGAGGCAAUGUUUUGCUUAUUGCUGUAUAUUUCCCAAAGAUGGUGUGAUGGAGAAAGACAACCUGAUACAAUUGUGGAUGGCAAAUGGUUUUAUUCCAUCUAAAGGAAAAACGACAUUGCAUAUUGGCCAUGAGAUUUUUAAGGACUUGGUUUGGAGGUCGUUCUUGGAAGAAGUGAAAGAGCGCAAGGAUGGAAGAAUAUUUUGUGCAAUGCACGAUCUUAUGCAUGAUCUUGCACAAUCUAUCAUGAGAAAUGAAUGCUCUAUUAUGGAGUAUCACAAGGGCAUGAAAAUUCCAAAGAAAAUUCGUCACUUGUCUUUUAACAUUGGCUCUGGAGAGAUGGUUCCUUGGAAUGAGAUUGUAUCUGAAGUCCCAUCUUUGCGGUCUCUCAUUUUACGUUGCUGGAAAAAGGAUUCUUCACCUUUUAUUUCAAAACAAAAGUAUCUCAGAGUGUUGGAUGUGGGUCCCAGUGCUUUUAAGAUGUUAUCAAUAUCAAUUUCCAAUUUCGGCCAUCUUAGGUACCUAGACAUGUCGGGCUCUAGUAUAAAAACUCUACCCGAAUCAAUAAGUAAUCUCCAAAACCUGCAAACACUGAAGCUAAAAUAUUGCAGAAAACUUUGUAAGUUGCCCAAACACAUGAAGCACGUGAGAAAUCUCACUUACUUGGACAUCACAGGGUGUGAUUCUCUUACUUCAAUGCCUGACCAAAUGGGACAAUUAACUUGCCUACAAAGACUAAGCAUGUUCAUUGUGGGCCAAGAUGAGGGUUACCAAAUUGGUGAGCUGAAAGAAUUAAAUCUUGGGGGUACGUUGAGCAUAAAGAGACUCGAGAACGUAAGAAAUUUAGAAGACGCCAAGAAGGUCAAUUUGAAGAGGAAACAAGAUCUUAUUUCUUUGGAAUUGUAUUGGAGCAAGAGCAAUGAAGAAAACAUAUCAAAAAAUGUCGAAGAAGUUCUUGAGAGUCUCGAACCUAAUUCGAAUUUGAAGAAGUUGAGCAUAAAUUUCUUCCAAGGAUCAAAGUUUCCCAAUUGGAUGUCGGUUUUGGUUCUUAAAAAUCUGGUUGAGAUCUCUUUAAGAGAUUGUGAAAGAUGUGAACAUCUUCCUCCCCUUGGCAAACUACAAUCCCUAAAAAUUCUCAACAUCAGACGCAUGUGUUCUCUUAAGUACUUCAACCAUGGGGAUUAUGGAGAUGGGGAAAGUUCAUUUCCUGCAUUGGAGACUCUCAAGUUCAAUGAAAUGCCAAGCUUGGAGGAAUGGGCAAUGGUGGAUAGAGGAGAAAUUUGCCCUUGCCUACGGGAGUUGGUGAUAUCUGGAUGCCCCAAAUUGACUAAAUUGCCUUUUCUUCCAGCACUUGAGAGAUUAACAAUUGAGGAAGGCAAUGAAAUGUUAUUCAGAUCAGUGAUUAAUCUUACUUGGAUUUCCUAUUUUAGGAUAACAAAGUGUAAUUUGAAGAUUCUUCCAGAUGGACUGGAUAAUCUAUUUGCUCUAAAGACCUUAAGCCUUUAUCGUUGUCCUGAACUUGAAAAUUUGUCAGUACUCAAAAACCUACACUCUCUGCGGACACUAUCUAUAUGGGGAUGUAAUAGUCUUACAUCCCUUCCAGUGCAAGGGUUGCAAGGCUUGACUUCCCUUACAUCCUUAAAAAUUACCAGCUGUGAUAAGCUAAUAUCUUUGUCAGAUGGAAUGCAAUAUUUGACAGCACUUCGGGCCUUGAGUAUCCAGCAAUGUCCAGAGAUACAAUCUUUUCCAGAGGGUAUACAACAUUUUAAUGCUCUCCGAGAUUUGGAUAUACAAAAUUGCGUCGGAUUAAUUUCUCUACCAAAUUGGCUAGGAAGCCUCCAGUCAUUAUCAUCCUUAUCGAUUUUCCAAUGCCCUAAUCUGAGGUGUUUGCCAGAUGGGCUGCAGGAUCAGAAGACUCUGAAAAGGCUGUCAAUUACAGAAUGUCCACAUUUGGAGCGCCGGUGCGAGAAACAGACUGGGGAGGAUUGGCUGAAGAUAGCUCAUAUUUCCGAGAUUUGGAUCAAUGAUGAACAAGUACAAUCCUUGGAUUGUUAAUGUGCUAUUUUGAAGCCGAGAUUCACAUCCAACAGUGUUUGUAGAAAGCUGAUUCGAGGAAGUGUGAGAACAUAGUCCCAAGUUAGUGCAGAAUUGAAGACUGGAGUUUUUGAUGGAGUGUGCUUGAAGAAUUUUGUGGCUGGCCUCAAUGGGUUUGCACACUGGUUGAAUAAUACAUCAUAGUUUUCAAGGUUCGUUUUCUUUUUCUUGAAUAAUAGUACAUCAUAGUCAGAAUUGAAUUUAAUUAACUUGUGAAAUUAGAAUAUCACUAAAUUUUGAUAUCUUUCAUUUAUCUCUCGUAUAGGUUAAAGAAAUUUGAAAUUGUAUUUCAUAGCAGAGUUACGGAAUGCUGUCAUUUCUCUAAUUGCUCUGAAAAGCUUUUGUGGAAUUAGAUUAGAUCAUAGAUGACCAUGAAGAAUUGUAAUAAUUGGUAGCUGCAAAACAUUGCACAGGAUGGUGUUUUCAGAUGCUAGAUGUUGUGGAUUUUUUUGUUCCAGGUGCUUCCUAGUUUCAUUGUUCCUCUUUGAGGGAUGUGAUUUCCAUUUAUUUGCUCAUUUUUAUCUGUUUAGAGCCAUUUAAAUGGAUAUUAUUUAUUUUUAUUUAAUUUUUUAUCAGAAUUUCUUUGGGCCCACCAUUGUAUGUUUGGUAUGUU